UCAUCGCCUCGCUCGAUCGACCGGAUGCGCUCAUCGUCGUCGCCUCGCUCGACUGGCGGACGCGCUCGUCGCCCGGUCGAUAGGCGGACGCGCGCGUCGUCGCUCGUCGUUCGACUGGCAGACGCGCUCAUCGUUCGACUAGCAGACGCCCUUCGUCGCCCGCACGCGCACGUUGCUCGACUGGCGGACGCGCACGUCGCUCGAUCGACUAGGACAGACGGACACGCACGUCGCUCGAUCGAUCGAUUGCCGGACGCGCUCGUCGCUCGUAUCGACAGGCAGGCUAAACGCGCUACAUCGUCACUCGACUGGGCAGUCGCGCACGUCGUCGCUCUCCCGGCGGACGCGCUUAUCGUCGCUCGCUCGACGUGCUGACGCGCACGACGCUCGCCUCGACUGACAGACGCGCACGUCGCUCGAUUGGCGGACGCGCUACAUCGCUCGCUCAAUCGGCAGUCGCGCUCGGCGGACGCCCUCGUCGCUCGAUCGGCUAGCAGACGCGCUACAUCGUCGCUCGUUCGACCAGGCCGCCGCGCUCAUCGUCGCUCGAUUCCCGG